GAUCUAAACAUGCGGCACACUGGCACAGCCGGCACAUUGUCAUGAGGAGGUCUAGGAGGAUUUUAUAGAUUUUGCUCUCAGGUCAACAAAAUUUAAUGCAUAAUUGUGUUACAUUUUUCUAACCUCCGAAUCCAAUUUGACUUCAUAUUUUUAUGCAAUUUUUUUCUUCGGCUGUGUGAAGACAGGCGACAGGCAAAGCAAGCUUAAACAUGCUUCCGUUUUGGAGUACAGUGGCUGAGAAAUUGGAGACGUUAACCAGCAAACCAGAUAAAUUUUUAACAACGCAGCCAAAAAUCGCUGAUGAAAUCAGAGGUCUUGCAAAGGAAAUUUAUGAUUCAGCCUUAGGGUCAGAGAGGGAUAAUAGAACAAAGCAGGCCCUUCCAGAGCUUAUUGUCGAACGGUUUGAUGAUGAGCAAGUCUGGCAGCAACUGGAGUUGCAAAACGUGGAUGUGUAUGACAACGUCAUGUGCAAAGUGUCUCAACUGAUGGCCAAAGCGUCUACUGCAAAAGUUUUGAAGAAAUUUAAGACACUUGAAAAUGUUGAAGCACCAGAAAAUAUGAAUGAAGAGGCAGGAGCAGAAGAAUUUGAAGCAAAGCAGACUGGCACAGAGAUUAUAAAGCAAUCAAAGCCUAAGAAACCCUCAGUUGUUGAUGAUAAGUUUUUUAAACUACAUGAAAUGGAAGAAUUCUUACUCAAUGAAGAAAAAGAUGAUGGUGGAAUGCCCAAAGAAGAUGGUCAUGGCAUGGUAAAUUAUUUUGCCAAUGACACCGGAAGCAACGACGAGGAAGAGACAGAUGAUGCUUUUUACAAAGACUUUUUUGAUGCUCCAGAAGAGGAAAAUCUAGACAAGAUUGAAAGAGCUAGUGUUGGCAGUGAAGAGGAUUUGGAAGAAGAGGAAAGUUUGGAUGAGGGAAGUGAAAACAAAACAGGUGGAAGUGACGGAGAAAUGGGCAGUGAUGAGGGUGGGAUCGAAGAUGAAGGAGAAAGCCCCAGCGAAGAUGAGGCUGCAGAAGUUGUCAUUCCAAACCAAACUAAAAGAAAUAAGAAUCUAUUAAAAUCUGAUGAUGAAGAGAGUGAGGAAUGGGAGGACAAUGGCCCUAAAUCAAAUUUUGAAUUGAGACAGAAAAGGCUGGAAAAGAAAAUUGAUCAAAUUCAUGACGACGCUUUGGGAGAGAAACCCUGGCAAUUACUUGGAGAAAUUUCAGCUAGUACAAGACCUCAGAAUUCUCUUCUCGAAGAAGUUCUUCAAUUUGACAGGACUCAAAGACCGGCGCCUGUUAUCACUGAGGAAACAACCAUGAAAUUAGAAGAUAUAAUCAGACAGAGAAUAAAGGACAAGGCUUGGGAUAACGUAGAAAGAAAAAUCAAACCUGUAGAAGAGCCAACUGAAUACAAAAAGAGGUUAAACCUAGAUCAGGCAAAGAGCAAACUCAGCUUGGCGGAAAUUUACGAACAAGAUUAUUUGAAACAAAAACUCCAAGCAAAUAGAGAUCCAGGAGAAGAGGAGGGAGAUGAAAAAGAAACAUCAGAGCAAACGGAAAUUAAAUCCAUGAUGCACAACUUAUUCAUCAAAUUGGACGCACUUUCAAACUAUCAUUACACUCCAAGACCUGCUGCUCCUGAUGUCAAAGUUGUAUGUAAUCUUCCUGCAAUCACAGUUGAAGAAGUUGCACCAGCGGCAACCAGUGAUGCUGCUCUGUUAGCUCCAGAAGAAAUUAAAGGCAAAGCAAAGGGAAUUCCACUGGGCAAGGAAGAGAGAAAUGCCACGGAUAAGAAGAGGGAGAGACGGAAGAAGAAAGCCAAGCAACGAGCCAAGAAGAAACUUCAGGAUAGCAAAGAAACUCUUGGUGGGGGUGCUAAAGCCGCUGUCACAAAGGCACUUAAAGAGGGAAGAGUGACAAAGUUGGAUGUGACUGACAAAGAGGCAGUGAAAUCAUCUAAGGCGUUCUUCACUAAGCUGCAAGAUGAAGUUUCGAACACAAUUAAUUUGAAAAAGCAAGAGAUAAAAAAAAGGAAAGGAGAAGAGUCUAGAUUGUCGGCUAAGAAGCUGAAACUAUAAUAUUUCGUAAUAUUUCAUAAAAUAAAGUUUCUUUAAAUA